AUGAUUACUAGUAAAUCAUUUAAAGUAUUAGGGUUCAUAAUGCGUCUAUCUAAAGACUUUAAAUUGUCAAAAUCAUUUAAAUCUUUAUAUUGUGCUUUAGUUCGUCCUAUUUUAGAGUACGGGACCGUUGUCUGGGAUCCAUACACUGUUUCUGAUAUUAAUCAGCUGAAACGUGUUCAACAUAGAUUUUUGAGAUAUUGUUGUUUUGUGUUAGGCAUUUCCCAUUUAGCUCUCAAUUAUACCAAUAUCGCUAACGUUCUUAGUCUGCCUACUCUUGCUAAACGAAGAAGAACAUUAAAUAUAAAAUGUAUUCGUCGUAUAAUUACUAACCACAUUGAUUCCUCUUGUUUGCUAUCCCAAGUUAAUUUAAAAGUCCUUUCGCAUGUAUCUUGUUCUCAAGUGACCUUCUAUAUUCCUACUGGCAACAUAAAUAAUCUGCAAAAUGAGGCUCUAAGGCGGAUUAUGUCACUUGCCAUCGAGGACCCCUCUUUUGAUGGUAAUUUGUUCUAA